GAAAUAAAGGCGGCGUCUGGCGCUGGCGGCCUCGGCUUGUGCUCCCGCUCCCGGCUUGAUGAGGCGGCGGAGGCCGUGGGGGCCGCGGACAAGCAGGGUGGUGGUGGUGGUGGUGGUCAGCGAACGCGGGCCCUGCUGAAGCCUGAGCCGCCUUUUAUUCCCCAUCUCUCCCCGACUCCGCCACCGCCGCCAUUUUAUUGUUUGGCCGAGUUUUAUUCCGGGUUUUGAUUGUUUUUCGUCGUCGUCAUCGUCGGCCAUGGAGGAGGGAGUCGGUGUUGGAGACCCCGCUCACGGCGGCUCGGAUCUACACACGGACACGGACACGGUCGCCAGGCCACACGGCGGUGAUGGAGGAGGCAUCGUCUGCAGCCUCGCCGCUCUGCACAAAGCCAGGCCGUGCAAAGCGCUCUUCCCCGGGGCCGCGCUCGGCAUCGGCAACGCCAUCGCCAUCGGCCUCGCCGCGUCCCGCCAAGCGCCCGUGCUCAGCCCCGUCACCAACCUGGCCAUCAACAUGGUCAACCUGCGGGGCCUGGGCAGCAAUAGUGAUACCCCAAAACGCAAACCAAGUGGAACCCCGCUACUGAUUAAGACACUCUCCUCUGAUUCUGAUGCAGGGCUUUGUAUGGAUUCACCGAGCCCGAUGGAUGAAAAGGAAAUCGAUGAAACGUUUGAAAAAGCAGUAUUGGAAUCUGGAAAAGUACUCAACAGGGGCCCCAUAAGACGGAUGAACUCCCUUCCGAUCAAUCUUCUGGGAUCAAGUCCCGCACUAAGGCCCAGCCAUUGUCGCUCUCCAGAUUCUGAAGUGUUUUUCCAAGAAGAUGGCAGUAUAAACAAAGAAAAUGAAAUAUUUGAAUUCAAAAAGCCAGGUCGCCCAGUUUCUAGAAACCGGCUCUUUGGUGGAAGCAGACAAGAUCAGCGACCCAGUUCGGCACCUGCAUUGAUGCUCUUGUCUAAUGUGGGCAGUGACUCUGAUAUUGGCAGCCCAAUCUCUCUGCGCCGAUCCUCGCUGAUCUCUUCUGGUGAUGAAGAAGAUGAUGGAUUUUUGGAGCUGCUUGAUGAAGAUGUUGAGAAUGAAACCGAUGUACCUUCUGGCAUGGCGAGUUUGCUGAACGCUCCAAUCGUGACCAGAGAGGAAUUUACACAGGUUGCGAGUCGCGUCACGCCAAAUAGACUGUCCCGUGAUAUCAACUUCAAGUCUCCUGAGUCGACACUUGAAAUAAGACCCAUCCUGAAGCGACAGGAUCGACCCAAAGACGAUGAGACGCCCGUGAAGAAUAAGCGCAGGAGGAGCCUUGCUGGCACGACUGUGGGGGCUGCAGGUGAAGAGAGAGCGAAUCAGCGCAUUCUAUUGCGAUCCAAGUCUUUCUGCGACACCAAAAUUGAAAAAGUACUUGCGAUUGAUGACGGCAGACGCAUGAUUGGAGACUUCUCAAAGCCAUACAUAUUGCCCACAGUUGAAGGACGGCACCAAGAAUUGCAAUAUAUAAUGCCAGAAAUGGUGAUUGAGUUGGUAACUGGAAAACACGAUGGAUUUGUGGAGCGUUUCUUGCUCUGUGACUGCCGAUACCCUUAUGAAUAUGAUGGGGGCCACAUUAAGGGUGCCCUUAAUUUACACAUGGAGAAUGAAAUAGAGGAACUUCUGAAGAAACCCAUUGUUCCUGUAGAUGAGGCGAAAAGAGUGAUUGUUAUUUUCCACUGCGAGUUCUCGUCCGAGCGGGGCCCAAGAAUGUGUCGUUUUCUACGCGAAAAAGACCGUGAGAUAAAUGGUACUGACUACCCAAAACUGCACUACCCGGAGCUCUACAUCCUGAAAGGGGGCUACAAGGAAUUCUUUCCAAGAUUUAAAUUAUAUUGCGAGCCUCAGGGUUAUCGUCCAAUGAAUCAUGAAGACUUCAGAGAUGACCUUCGGAAAUUCCGCUUAAAGAGCAGGACGUGGGCUGGGGAACGAAGCAAGAGGGACAUGUACAGCCGUCUUAAGAAGUUGUGAAGACCGUCUUAUGAUAGACGAUGUUUCUUCGUUUUGAACUUGCAGGCUAGUCAGUAUUAUACGUUACGCCUGACAUUGGUCAGCCCUGGGGACUGCUGUUAAUUGGGAUGUGCCACCAAGUUUCUUCAGUGGUGUCGCAUUACACCUUCUGCACACGGAGUUAGUGACGUGGGCAGGGACCACAGUAUUACAAAUGAGUCCUGUGUGCGGUAUGAAAGUCGGUUAUCUUAACAGCAUGUUGGCAUAAAACUGGCAAUUAAUGGAAACUAAACUUGCUUGAAGGAUCGGUUGCCAUAAUGGGUUUCCAGUUGUCUGUUUUAUAGCCAGCAUGCUCCUGUGACUUGGUCCUUUUAUUCCUGUCGCCAGAUAAUUGGUUAAUGGUGCUGUUGCAGACUUGUGGGCUAAUUACAUGAAUAAUGAUGGAAAAAAUGGGGGAACAAAGUGGUCUUUUGCACCCAUUGUGAUCUUUGAUCAUGUAAAUCUGCUCAUUGAAGCCGCUGCAACAAAUGUGGGCCUGGAAACUUUCUAAAUUUUUAAACGAUUUCAUCAUCACUGCGAAUUUGCAAAUCCAUAUUCCUUAAUUGUGCGUAACAGCGUUUUAUUUGUGACUAGGUUGAAGUAAUCAGGCUGAUCUUCACUUGGAGCUCCUGGUCGAUUUGUGGCCAUCGCACUGACCCAUUGUAUAUUUUUCCAAGUGACUUGUCUUUAAUUUGUGUUCCGCGCGCAAGAUGACUUUACUGAUCUGCCAAAUUGUUUUAAAAUUGCUCUUUAAUUGUCAUUUUUAACAGCACUUAAAAUUUAGUUUAAUCCUGACAUUCCAAACUUAAACGUGAAAAUAUGUUGAUACUCUUAAACUUCCAAACACCUGGUGCAGAAAUAUCCAAUUUAAAAAAAAAAAAAAAAUAAGAGUCAAAAAGUGUAAUAGAAUAAUUUCUAUCGAGGCCACAUUUGAUACUUGGCAAUUCUUUUACAUUUUUAUUUUGGUUUAAUCGGGUGAAUGAGGUUAAUGGAAGCUGAGGUUUUGUAUACCCAAUUCCUGGCUUUAAUUAACACAGGUUGUUCUAAACAGGCACACGGCAAGUUUUUGGUUAAACUUUGCUGUUUUAGUGCCAUGGAACUAUUAUAGGAUUUUGUUCUUGGACGAUUCAAAAUCAUAUUUGCUAAAUUUCCAUCAUUUUCAUACUUUUUGAUAUUUUACAUUUUUUCGUAUACCAUGGUGAAGAAAAAUCAGUGAUAAAUAGAAGAUUGACUUGUAGUGGAAAGAAACUGAGAGAUUUGGCUUAAUUCAAUAUGUUUUCAACACCAGGAGAAUGGUCUGGUUGGACUGCCUGUCUCCAGAGCCAUUCUGUUACGGUUUCUGACAACAAGUCUUUCAGGCAAUGUGUUUUUUAAAAACAUUUCCCUACUAAAUGAUAAAGGAUGUGGAACACUGAUUGCUGCACCCUUUAUAUAGGAACCCAUCUCAUCCUGAGAGAUCCUGUAAAACCCGUGCUGCUGCCAGGACUAAUGUGCGGGGAUCGCUGGUCGGCGCGGACUCGGUGGGCCAAAGGGCCUGUUUCCGCGCUGUAUCUCUAAACUAAACUAGCCGGCCUGUAUGUUGCGGUGGAGUAGUUGCUUGACCCGACACAGAGGCCUGGUAUUUAUCAGCAGUAGCGGUUUAAAUUUAGCCAUUGCGUACAAUCUAACAGUCGAGUUAAUUGUUGACCUUCCACUGCUUUUCAGUUCUUUGCAGCACUCGGAUUUGACCCUUUGGGGUCAUCUUCCAAUUUGGACAUUUAAGCACAUUUAGUUGUUCAUCAACAGACCAACUUAUUCUACCCAUAAUGUACAUUAAGUCCAGUACUCAACCAGUUACCACAAACCAUGCCUCGAAGUAUGAUUACAAUACACCAUGUUAAACUGUCGAUUAUUUUUAUACUGCCUAAAUGAUCUUUGUAAUCCAAAAGCUUGUAAAAACAUUUUUUGUACAUUGGUCAUUACUGCCUUUGAAAUUGAGAGCAAUGCAAAUUGUGUAGAUCAUGGGGUGGGAGUUGGUGUGGUUUGAUACUUGUUUUGCAUGUGGCUGUAAUAAGUGGUUUAAUUGUAUACUGUGCAAAGAUGUACCUACUUUAGCCAAGCUGCCUGAAUGCAGAGAAAUAAAUGGCUACAGAUAAGGAAAAAA